AACUCAGAGCGCUCCCAUCCAGCACCGCCGCCGCAAACACCACACCUCGAGCGUACUCGUCGCCGGAGAAGUAGCAAGCAAGAUGGCCGUAAGGAAGGGCGGCGACAGGAAGAAGGCCGUGACCAGGUCCGUCAAGGCCGGGCUCCAGUUCCCCGUUGGCCGCAUCGGCCGCUACCUCAAGAAGGGCCGCUACGCCCAGCGCGUCGGCUCCGGCGCCCCCGUCUACCUCGCCGCCGUCCUCGAGUACCUCGCGGCCGAGGUCCUGGAGCUUGCCGGCAACGCGGCCAAGGACAACAAGAAGACCCGCAUCAUCCCGCGCCACCUGCUGCUCGCUGUCCGCAACGACCAGGAGCUCGGAAGGCUGCUCGCCGGCGUCACCAUUGCCCACGGCGGCGUGAUCCCCAACAUCAACUCUGUGCUGCUCCCCAAGAAGUCCCCCGCCGCGGCCGAGAAAGAGGCCAAGUCGCCCAAGAAGAAGACCUCCACCAAGUCCCCCAAGAAGAAGGUCGCCGCCAAGGAGUAGAAUUCCCCAUAGCCUAGCCAGUGUUUGCUUAGAUCCAUUUCUCAUGGACUAAGAUGAGAUCAUGUAUGUAAUGCCUGCUAGUCUGUAGCGCCCGUCAGAUUCGUCGAGCAAGGAUGGCAUUGUAUCUGUGAUUUCUAUGACAAUGGCGAAAGAUGCAAUCAUUUCAAUCUUUUAGUACGAAA